UUUUUUCAGACAAAAAGAGUAACCACAAUGCAAGUGAUUCCACCAGCAAUAAAAAAGAUAUUAGACAUAUGGAACAUCAGAGGACUUGUGAUACUGUCUCUGUUGCUUCAAACGUCUCUUAUCUUUCUUGCACCUAUGCGGAAACGCACGUCGAAGAAGUUGCUCGCAUCGGUUAUAUGGACCGCUUAUCUUUUAGCGGAUUGGACAGCUAAUUAUGUGGUAUCUCAGAUCACUAAGAACCAAGGGAAAGACUCAGAACCUGGCGAUCUUCCAAAAAACAAGAAGCUUCUUGCUCUAUGGGCACCAUUCUUGUUGUUGCAUCUUGGUGGUCCGGACACCAUAACCGCAUUGGCUCUUGAGGAUAAUGCGUUAUGGAAACGUCAUUUAUUUGGCCUCGUCUUUCAAGCGCUUGCAGGUGUUUAUGUGGUGGUGCAAUCGUUGGAAAACGUCUUAUGGCCACCAAUCACACUUUUAUUCGUCACCGGAACGAUUAAAUAUGUAGAGAGGACACGAGCAUUGUACUCAGCGAGCUUAGACAAAUCCAAAGAAAAUUUUAAAGAAACAAUGCUUCUAGCACCAGACGCUGGUCCUAACUACGCUAAGCUAAUGGAAGAAUUGGAUCGAUCAAGAAUGUUAAUAGAUCAAUAAGAAGCGUGCUUAGGCAAUGGUCUAAAAAAAAUCUGAUGUUUCGUUACACAGUUUACCCGUUAUACCUUGUAUUCUUUGCGGGUAUUCCUGAAUUUUUCAGAGUCCUUUGGAAAUACAUUGAUCGAAUCUUUAGUGUUAAAACUUAUCUAGACGAGUUUAGGUUCGUUUUGAGAGAGCCUUUGACGAAGAAUCAAUGGGAAUUUAUAUUCUAUGAGUUGAAGGAUAAGUCCCGUUUUGCGGAAACACCUAAAGUUGCAAAGAAACUGUCUUGGGCGAGAGGACAAUGGGCUUUACAAGAUUCGAUAUUGGCAGAAAUUGAUACAUUGAUGUGUUAUAUAGAGAAAGUUGAUUAUGAUCAAAGUCUACUCCUUUGGCAUAUUGCUACUGAGCUCUGUUUUCAAGAAGAAGAAGGUGGGGAGAUGGAGAAUUUGAGCAGAGAAAGUUAUGAUGACCGAGAAUUCAGCAAGAUUAUAUCGGAUUACAUGAUGUAUUUGUUGAUAAUGCGACCAAAAUUGAUGUCAGAAGUGUCGGGAAUGGGGACUAUACGUUUUAGAUACACUAAGGCUGAAGCUGAGAGGUUUUUCAAAGGAAAGCAUAUCAAGAAUCUGAGAGAUAUGAAACUAGCGAGUAAGAUGGUUUUAUCUGUUAAUAACGAUAUUGAGCAGAUACUUGUGAAGGGAAAUCAAAGCAAGUCGGUUCUUUUCGAUGCGAGUAUGUUGGCAAAAGAGCUUCGGAAUUUGAAAGAGAGUAGUAAUGAAGAUGGGAAAUGGAGAGUAUUGAGCAAAGUGUGGGUUGAGUUGCUAUGUUACGCAGCAAGUCAUUGUAAAGCUACGGAGCAUGUGGCGCAACUUAGCAGAGGCGGUGAGCUUCUUAACUUCGUUUGGUUGUUGAUGGUUCACUUUGGUUUAGCAGAUAAGUUUGAGAUCAAUAAAGGAGAUGCUAGAGCUAAACUCCUUGUAGGAAAGUAAUAGUUAUAAACAAACGAAAUAUAAUAUAUGAUUUUUUUUUCUCUUGUGUGUGUGUAUUUUUUGUAAUCUCU